AUGAUUCGACUUGCUGUUUUCACAUGUAUCCUUGCUCUUGCUCUUGCUGUCCCCAAUCAACCAUGGUUCUGUCACGACUUAGACUGUCCAAAGUAUACUGUGCUAAAAAACUUCACAGGCUAUGAGUUAAGGAGAUAUGAAGUUUCACAAUGGGUAGCAACAAGAGAUAUGGUUACAAAUUACGAUACCCACAAAAAUUCACAAAUGUUCUUCAAGCUUUUCUACUACAUUUCCGGAAAUAAUACUGCAGGUAUGAAGAUUCCCAUGACUGCCCCCGUGGUGAAUAUCUUUACCCCUGGGGUGGGGAUGCAGCAAACCGUGUCGGAGAUGCACUUUAUGAUUCCCCAUAAUAUGCAGCCCUACCCUCCCCAGCCAACUGACCCUACCGUGUAUAUCACAAUGCUUCCAACGCUGGACGUCUAUGUCAAAUCUUUUAGCGGAUUUGCGAAUCACAUGAUGAACAUUGUAAAAGUAACAGAACUGAAAAAUGAAAUUAACAACACUAGCCUGCAUUAUGACGAUCAUUUCUAUACCGCUGGUUAUGACGGACCUUACUCAGUCAACAGGCAUAAUGAAGUUUGGCUCGCUGCCAAAAAUUAA